AUGUCAGCGUUUGGAGGUAAUUCAAAUAUGAGUAAUUCCAAUCUGGAUCCACCUAGGAAUAAUCUGAAGCAUGCUAAUGGAUAUGGAGAUCCCAGGAGGAAUGGCAACAUGACGAAUAAGAAGAAGUAUACAAAGCCCAAUGGACCUUUCAAUAAUAAUAAUAAUAAUAAUGGGAAUAAUAAUAACAAGAGAAUGGGUAGUAAUCAAGAUAAAAAGAGAAACAAUGCAUAUAUUCAUAAUAAGAAAGGAGGAAGCAAACCACCUGGAAAUAGACCAGAAUCGAACGUUCUGAUUCAAUCUGAUCCGUUAGAUAUACCAAAAAAGGUAAUACCUCGUCAAAAGCCAGAUAAGGUUCAGCAAUAUACACCUAAUGAGAUUACUUCAACUGGCCCAUUAAUUUUCAAUCCAGAACAGCUAGGGUUUAAUCGAAAUCAUAAAUCAAUAACACCACGUUCAAUCCCGAAGUACCUUUUGCAUCAGCCACGGUUGUUAGUAACUCCAUCGUUUUCACAAGACGCAUGGGACAAACAAAACCAAGAGAAGAUGCUCUCUAUGGAAGAACAAAAUAGUGGUAGUGAUUAUCAAGGCUUAUAUGAAGAGUUUCAAAAAAUGAGAGAAGCAGAAAGGAAACAGAUGGAGACUUUAGGAUUAGUUGAUGCGGAAAAUAUAAGUAAAGACUUGACAGAUGCUAUUUCCUUUCAAGGUUCAUGCUUGGACAUGUGCCCGAUUUUUGAAAGAGUAAGGAGAGCUUUAGAGAAAAAUGUUAAGGCUUUAGAAAAAGAUCCACAUACUAAUAAAAUCUCCAGGACUAGAGCAAUUAAGGCUUUUUCAAGACCUGCUGCUGGCCAGCCUCCACCUUUACCAUCUGAAGUUAGACCUCCGCAUAUAUUGAAGCAAACACUAGACUAUUUAAUUGAAAAUAUUGUGCCACAAUUGCCAGAAGCUCAUUCGUUUAUUUGGGAUAGGACAAGAUCUAUAAGACAAGAUUUUACAUAUCAAAAUUUCUUCGGUCCUGAGGCAAUUGAUUGUAAUGAACGAAUUGUUAGGAUUCACUUAGUUUCAUUACAUAUUAUGGCUGGAAGCGAUGUUGAAUAUUCACAACAACAGGAACUAGAACAGUUCAAUAAAGCUUUACAAACCUUAAUUGAAAUAUACCAAGAUGUCAGAAAUCAUGGAGGUAGGGCACCUAAUGAAGCAGAGUUUAGAUCAUAUUAUUUAUUAAGUCAUAUAAGGGACCCUGAAUUAGAGCGGGAGAUUCAGGAAUUGCCUAACGAUAUAUUGAGCAAUAAACACGUUCAAUUGGCUUUAAUGUUCAGAAAUAUGGCAUCUCAAAAUAACAUAGUUGAAAGGGGAUAUCACAACUCUAUUGGAGCCUUGAAUUUAUUCCUGGAAUUUUUUAAAAUUGCUUUCAGUCCUGAAACACCAUUUCUUAUGUCGUGCUUACUAGAAACUCAAUUCAAUGAAAUUAGAUUUUAUGCAUUAAAGUCAAUGUCUAGAUGUUAUCAUACUAGGGGUAAAGCUUACUCAGCUGAAUCAUUACAGAACUUUUUAGGUUUUGAUUCCUUAGAUAAGUUACUCAAAUUUGUACAAUACUAUGAAAUUGACAUAUUAUAUGAUGGUGGUGUUGCAUUAAUUGAUUUGUUUAAUAAAGAAAAAUUGGAAACUAAGUAUAAGUUGAAUUCUGUUCAUGACAAACCUAAGUUAGCACCACCAUAUUCUACUCAAAUAGAUUUGAAUAUUCAAGGUAAAAGCUUGAUUUCAUUCAUUAACUGUGGAGAAUCAACUUAUGAUUUGGGGCUUAAACAGUCGGAUCAACUUAAAGUUAUUGAAUUGCCAAGUCUCAAUGAAUCAAUUCCGAAACCAUCUGUACCAUUUAAUUCGACAGGAUUUUCUACAAGUAACCAUCAACUUGGUGCUGCGAAUAAAGAAUCAAAAUCAUUAUCGCUAACUGAUUUUUUGAACUCAUCGACAAACAGAAAUAGCGAUGCUAAGCCUGUAUUCCUGCAACCUUCUAAUACUCAGACUAAACCUGAAGUAAUAUCCAACAAAAUAGCAACACCCCAAAUCUCGUUUGGCUCACAAAAUAAUCAAAUGCCUCAGAUGAACGUUAAGCCUUCAUUCGUAUUCAAUGCUCCAAUUAUGAAACCGGAACAACCACAGCAAACGCCACCUCCGUCUACGUUUAGUUUUGAAUCAUCUGCAAGUUCAACAACGUUACCCUCAUCUAAUAAUAAAUUGACUAAUUCAUUUAAUAAGAACAUUUCAUCGGAUACAAUUCCUAAAUUUGGAGGAGUAAAUGCUUUACAAAUAACUCAACCCAAGGAGAUAUCAAAACCUAUUAUAUCCAAGGAAAAUGAAAGCCCUAUUGCAUCGAUUAUGUCGAAACCAAUUGAAAAACCUAAGCCUAUGCCAACGAAGCUUGUUAACUUAAAGCAGUUCCCUCGUGCAUUGAACGAGGUGUAUUCUGAGAUAUUACAAAAUACAAUUAAUACUGAACUUCAUAGGUUAUUGCCUAAAUUGAUUAGAGCUGAGAAUUCUUCACAAGAACGCAAUAGAGUAAUAAAAUCAUUGAGCAAUGAAUUAUAUCAAGCAUUCAUGUCUGAGAUUAUCUACAAAACUACAUUGGAAGUUAAAGCUGAUAACUUCCUUAAGAAUUCUCUCAAAUUAAGAACAAUAAAAAAAUUAAUCAAAGUAGGAUCGAAUCUUAAAAUAAAGCACGAGAUGAAACGUAAAAAAAUUAAUGAAUUACAUGAAACUUCAUUUAACAAUUUCAAUAAGAAGAGAAAGUCUUCUAGCACAAGCUUGAAAUCAUUAACAGCAUCAUCAAGUAAAAAAAGACACAUAUGGGAUGCAGAUGACAGUGUUAAUUAUAUAGACGAAAAGCAGAAUGAAAUUAGAGAACUUUGGAAGCCUAUUGAUUUAAAAAAAUUCAUUGAAAGUUGUUCUAGAGAUUUAAAGAUGAACAUUGAGAUGAAAGAAAUUGAACUCAAAUUUUUACUAAUAGUCGAAGAUUGGUCAUCACUGUAUUCCAAAUGGUUAAACACGAAGUUGUCCUUGAAAAUUAAUAAAGAAAGGUUGAUUUAUGAGAACAUUGUUACAAAUAACAAAUUAGCAAUUAACUUUACUAGUUUACCAAAUAAUGAUUACUUGAAUAAAGAUUUCUUCACAAAUACGUCAUUUUUAUUGUUUGAGUGUGGUUUUGUUGACGAAUCUCAGGUCAAGAAAUUUGGCACCAUCCAAGAUAAGUUAAAAAGAGAUCAGCUUGUGAUUAACAAGAUUAUAAAUUUGAGUAACAAAUAUAGUUAUUAUAAAAUGCAAAUUUUAGUUGUAUUUUGGGACAUUGAACAGUCGAAGGUGAGUUCAGAUGAAGUGUCCGCUAUAUUGAAUAUUUCAUCUCAUGUUAAGAAUGAAAGCAUUCUCGAUAUAACAUUAUGCGAUAUGACUAGAAACGAUACGAGUAUAAAUGAAGUUUUACUCGAUGCAUUUUCAAAAAUUAGUACCAACUUUAAAGGCGAACUUACUAGAAGGGGACUCAAAAAGAAGGAAAGAGUUAUUAAAGCCAAGGAGGUCAAUAAACAUCAGUCUGUUGGAAAAAAGGAGAACGUCACGGACGAAACCUUCAAAGCGGCAGAAAAUGAGGCUUUGAGCAAAGCAAAAUUGAGUAAAAGAUAUCAGUACUUAUCGAAGCAUUUGGGAUCCAAUACAUCAGUGUCCAAUAUGUCCAAUGUAUCUAACAAUUCAAAUAGCUCCUUCAUGACUGCAAACAAUAUUACAAUUCCCAACCUAGCAUACCCUAUGAACUCUACAUUCUUGAAUUUGAAUACCACUGGCAACAACACAACCAUAUACAAUGGUAAUGAGUCAAUAUUGACCGGAUUCGGCAAUGGAGUUCUAGAAGAGAGCACACCUUUCAGCUCACCGAAGGCAAAACCUUUUACCAAGCCAAAUGUACAAAAUAUUCCUAGGAAGCUCCAGCAAUUGCGUGAUUUGACUGCCGGAAUCAAGGCAAGGUAUAAAAAGAAAUAG